AUGGCUAAUCGUACAGAUGUGACUGCUAUAAAAAUCUUUGGUUCAAAUCCUCAAUAUUUAAUUUCAAAUAUUAUAAGAAGCAAAAUAUAUGAAAGUCAAUAUUGGAAGGAAAAAUGCUUUGCUUUAACAUCUGAAUCAAUUAUAGACCAAGCAAUAAAUUUAAAAUACAUAGGAGGAACCUAUGGGGGUAAUAGAAAACCAACUCGUUUUUUGUGCUUGAUUUUAAAAUUGUUACAAAUUCAACCUGAUAAAGAUAUAGUAUAUGAAUAUAUAAAAAAUGAGGAAUUUAUUUAUUUAAGAGCUUUAGGAAUUUUUUAUUUAAGAUUGAUAGGAAAAAGUUUAGAAGUUUAUAAAAACUUGGAACCUGUUUUAUUUGAUUAUAGAAAAGUUAGAAUGAGACUUCAAGAUGGAACAUUUCAAAAAAUAUAUAUGGAUGAAUUCGUUGAUAAUUGCUUAAUUUUAAACAAUUAUUUAGAUGUAGAUUUUCCAACAUUAACAAAAAGACAAAUUCUAGAAGAAAAUAAUUUAUUAGAAAAAAGAAAUUUAGAAUAUUAUAAAGAAUUAUUAAAUAUUUCUUCAGAUAAUGAAUUAUUAGAAAAUGAAAUAAAUAAGAACAAAAGUAAUUUAUCACAAAAUGAUAAUCAAGAAAGUGAUUUAAACCGUUCUAAUAUAUUUAAUAAAGUUUGUACCUAUGAUAAUGAUGGUAAUCAUAGAGAAAAAAAAAAGAAAAAAAAAGAAGAAAAAAAAAAGAAACAAAAAUAUAAGGAAAAAGAAUCAAGAAAAAAAAUGAAAAAAAAAGAGAAUACUUAUUAUAAUUAUAAAAAAAAAAAAUAUUCUUCUGAAAAUCAAGAUUCAUAUAGUACUGAUUCAAAUAAAUAUGAUAGAAAGAGAAGAAAAAAUUACGUAGAUAAGGAUGAUUAUGAUAAAAAAAAUAAAAGAAAAGAAAAAAUUUUAAAAGUAAAAAAAGGUGAAGAAAAUGAUAUAUAUAAAAAAAAAAAAGAAAAAAAAAUCUUUUUUAAUCUAAAAAAAAAUAAAAAUACAGAGUCAUCUGAAAAAAGUGAUACGUCAUAUGGAAAAUACGUAAAAAAAAAAGAAAAUAAUAAAAAUAUUUCUAUUCAUGAUGAAAAUAAAAAAGAUGAUAUAUCAAUUGAUGAAUGGAAUAAAAUUAGAAAAAAUUUAGGCAUGAAACCACUUAAAUAA